ACCUUGGCCUGUCUAUCGUACUACGCUCACCGCUCAUGUUUCCGUUCUGACGGGCCCAUGCCUGGACGCUCCAGACACGUUUCGUCUCUCCUUCCUCAGAGGACUUAAAGACUCGCUCGAAUAAGUCGUCUAAACGGCUCGAGAGAACCGAGAAAGACGAAAGUCGAACUCCCCAGCACGCCCCCUUCACCGGUUCUCCCGGGGGUCUCGUCUCGUCCCCGCCUCUUGUGUCGUUCAUGCGGGGUAAAUCCUCCCGUUAGCUCGGCGUGGUGUUUUUUAACAGCCGCAGUCACAACAAAGAUGGAGUGUGCGUGGAAGCCAGACGAGCAAGGACUUCAGCAGAUUCUUCAGCUGCUUAAAGAGUCCCAAUCGCCGGAUACGUCCACGCAGAGAUCUGUCCAGCAAAGAUUGGAGCAGCUGAAUCAGUUUCCCGACUUUAACAACUACUUGAUAUUUGUUCUGACCAAGCUCAAAUCAGAAGACGAGCCGACACGCUCCCUGAGCGGCUUGAUACUGAAGAACAAUGUGAAAGCUCACUAUCAGAACUUCCCUCACGGCGUGUCUGACUUCAUCAAGGGCGAGUGCCUCCAAAACAUCGGCGAUUCUUCGCCGCUCAUCCGCGCAACCGUGGGUAUCCUGAUUACCACUAUCGCGUCAAAGGGAGAGCUGCAAAACUGGCCAGAGCUUUUACCCAAACUGUGCCAGCUGCUGGAUUCUGAAGACUACAACACGUGUGAGGGGGCUUUCGGAGCCCUGCAAAAGAUCUGCGAGGACUCUGCCGAGGUCCUGGACAGUGACAUGCUGGAUCGACCCCUCAACAUCAUGAUCCCCAAGUUCUUGCAGUUCUUCAAGCACAGCAGCCCCAAGAUUAGGUCUCAUGCUAUCGCCUGUGUCAACCAGUUCAUCAUCAGCAGGACUCAGGCCCUCAUGAUGCACAUUGACGCUUUCAUCGAGAACCUGUUUGCGCUGGCCACCGACGAGGAGCCAGAGGUGCGCAAAAACGUGUGCCGAGCGCUUGUCAUGUUGCUGGAGGUCCGCCUGGACCGACUGCUGCCACACAUGCAUAACAUUGUUGAGUACAUGCUUCAGAGGACACAAGACCAGGAUGAAAACGUGGCGUUGGAGGCCUGCGAAUUCUGGCUGACGUUAGCUGAGCAGCCCGUCUGCAAGGAAGUGCUGUGCGGGCACCUGUCCAAGCUCACUCCGGUGCUCGUCAACGGGAUGAAGUACUCCGAGAUAGACAUCAUCAUGCUCAAGGGCGACAUCGAGGAGGACGAGGCCAUCCCCGACAGCGAGCAGGACAUUCGCCCUCGCUUUCACCGCUCCCGCACGGUCGCCCAACAGCACGAAGGCGACGGCAUCGAGGAUCAGGUGGAAGACGAUGACUUAGACGACGAUGACGACGAAACUAUUUCGGAUUGGAACCUCCGCAAAUGUUCGGCGGCCGCCUUGGACAUUCUAGCCAACGUGUUUCGGGACGACUUGCUGCUGCACAUUCUGCCGCUUCUCAAAGAGCUGCUCUUCCAUCCCGACUGGGUCGUCAAGGAGUCGGGCAUCCUCGUACUGGGAGCGAUAGCUGAAGGCUGCAUGCAGGGAAUGAUCCCGUACCUCCCCGAGCUGAUUCCUCACCUGAUCCAGUGUCUGUCAGACAAGAAGGCCCUGGUGCGCUCAAUUACUUGCUGGACGCUGAGUCGCUACGCCCACUGGGUUGUCAGCCAGCCCCCCGACGUCUACCUGAAGCCUCUCAUGACCGAGCUACUCAAGCGCAUUCUGGAUAGCAACAAGCGCGUGCAGGAGGCUGCUUGCAGCGCCUUUGCCACCUUGGAGGAGGAGGCGUGCACGGAAUUGGUGCCCUACCUGGCUUUCAUUUUGGACACGCUGGUGUUCGCAUUCAACAAGUACCAGCACAAGAACCUUCUCAUCCUUUAUGACGCCAUCGGAACGCUCGCCGACUCGGUGGGACACCAUCUCAACAAACCGGAAUACAUCCAGAUGUUGAUGCCGCCUCUGAUCCAGAAGUGGAACCAGCUCAAGGAUGAAGACAAAGACCUUUUCCCUUUGUUAGAAUGCCUUUCAUCGGUAGCCACUGCUUUGCAGAGCGGCUUCUUGCCCUAUUGCGAGCCCGUGUACCAAAGAUGCGUCAACCUGGUCCAGAAGACCCUUGCUCAAGCCAUGCUUUACCAGUCACAACCAGAGCAGUACGAAGCACCAGACAAAGACUUCAUGAUUGUGGCUUUGGAUCUUCUCAGCGGUCUGGCCGAAGGUUUGGGAGGCACCAUCGAGCAACUUGUUGCCCGGAGCAACAUCCUCACCCUUAUGUACCAAUGCAUGCAGGACAAAAUGCCCGAAGUGCGUCAGAGUUCCUUUGCUUUGCUGGGGGAUCUAACCAAGGCCUGUUUCCAGCAUGUCAAACCAUGCAUUGCUGACUUUAUGCCCAUACUGGGUACUAAUUUAAAUCCUGAGUUUAUAUCCGUGUGCAACAAUGCAACGUGGGCAAUAGGAGAGAUUGCCAUACAAAUGGGGCCUGAAAUGCAGCCGUAUGUUGCAGUGGUGCUGCACCAGCUGGUGGAAAUCAUUAACAGGCCCAAUACGCCGAAAACGCUUCUGGAAAACACAGCAAUAACAAUUGGUCGUCUUGGUUACGUUUGUCCUCAAGAGGUGGCACCCAUGCUACAGCAGUUUAUAAGACCCUGGUGCACCUCCCUGCGGAAUAUAAGGGACAACGAGGAGAAAGACUCUGCUUUCAGAGGAAUUUGUACCAUGAUUAGCGUCAACCCGGGAGGCGUCGUACAGGAUUUUAUUUUCUUCUGUGACGCCGUUGCCUCCUGGGUCAACCCCAAGGAAGAUCUGCGAGACAUGUUCUACAAGAUCCUUCAUGGCUUUCAAAACCAGGUAGGGGAGGAAAACUGGAGGCGCUUUUCUGACCAGUUCCCCAUGCCGUUAAAAGAUCGCCUGGCUACUUUCUAUGGGGUCUAAAGUGGGCAGAGGGGGUCUGAUGUCAGGAGACUAGACGGGGAACCUGUUUUAAACGGGGGAACAUCACGCCCUUGACCAGGGGGAGUAUCUGCCUC